AUUCCAACCAUUCCAGUCUCCGCGAAACAAUCGGUCCUCGGUUAUUUAUGAGCAGCGCUUUCUCUCUCUCCCGGCUCAGUCUGUUGUGAAAGCUUCUCAGAGACGCACACCGUAAGCAGUGCACUCUCUCAGAGGAAACGUAGUAUACUCAGGAUACGAAUUUAUACUUUCCAGUUCUAGAAAGUUCUAUUAGGAUUACAUUACGUUUAAAAGAAAUAUAAACGAUAUAGGCCUACGGCGUCCACAACUUGUUUCCGUGAUGACAAUGUAAAUAGAUCUGUGCUUAACUAAUAAUCCAAACCACCAAGUUCAACACAGCCCUUCACAUAUCUAUUCUCUGAUUGACUGAGAUGAGAACUGCUGAGGAGUCUUCUGGCACGGUCCUGCACCGUCUUAUCCAGGAGCAGCUCCGUUACGGGAACCCCACAGACACACGUACCCUCCUGGCCAUCCAGCAGCAGGCCCUGCGUGGAGGCAGCAACAGCAGCGGAGGAGGCGGUACCGGAUCCCCCCGAUCCUCUCUGGAGAGCCUGACCCAGGAAGAGUCCCAGUUCAUCCACAUGUCCACCAGACAGGACCCCCAGGGACAGGAGUACAAGGGAGACUACAACCACUGUGAGAGUGACUCUGUGUGUCACCUCUACCAGCUCCACAGACACGGAGAGGAGCUGCCCACCUAUGAGGAGGCCAAGGCCCACUCUCAAUAUCUGGCCUCGGUAGGGGCCCAGCGUGGUCAGGGUCUUGAGGUGAUGGAGCACCAGGGAGGGGGCCAGUGGGACCUGAAGCGGGAGCACGCCCGCUCCCUCAGUGAACGGCUCAUGCAGCUCUCCCUAGAGAGGAAUGGUGGAAGAUGUGUAUCCAGAGACAAUCUGCCCCUCAGCUCCACACAGAGUUACCCACAGCUUUCCAAUGCCCACUGUGGGCCUGUUGACCACCAGGGACCAGAGUCUCUCCAGUACCCCGAUCAGAGGGGACCUCCCCCGGACUACUACCCCUUCCUGGUCAGGCCUCCUGGAUACAUGCUCAGCCACUCACAGGAGACACACGGACAAUACCACCAGGAACCUCCUCCCCCAUUCCACCCCCAGCACAGGUAUGAACCUGCCCAUGCCCAGAUGAUUCGCCACAGUGUCCAUUCUGGUCCAGAGGUCUACAUGAGCCACAGCAACCCCAGUACCCACAACAACAGUGCCCAGAUGGACCUGUUGAGGGAAAAUGAGAGACUGAGGAAAGAGCUGGAGGGGUACAGCGAGAAGGCUGCCAGACUUCAGAAGCUGGAAGUAGAGAUCCAGAGGAUAUCUGAGGCCUACGAGACCCUGAUGAAGGGCUCAGCCAAGAGAGAGACCCUGGAGAAAACCAUGAGGAACAAACUGGAGUCAGAGAUCAAGAGACUACACGACUUCAACAGAGACCUCAGAGAUCGUCUGGACACUGCUACAAAACAGCGAGUAACCAAAGAUGUUGAAUCUGCCAACCAGAAGCAGCAGGCCUUCGCCAAGCUCCUCGAACAAAAUGAGGAGCAGCAGCAGGAGGUGCAGCGUCUGCGUGGCUCCGGGGAGGAGUGGCUUCGGCGCCGGGAGGUUCUGGAGCUGGCCCUGGGGUCGGCACAGACCCGUAACCUGGCCCUGGAGGAGGAGCUUAUGAGGAAGAGGGAGUACGUAGAGAAGGUUGAGCGGCUGCAGAGUGCCCUGGGCCAGCUACAGGCAGCCUGUGAGAAGAGAGAAGCCCUGGAACUGAGGCUGAGGACCAGGCUGGAGCAGGAGCUGAAGAGCCUCCGAUCAGCACAGUGCCACAGCACGGCUAGCGGUCCUGGCUCCCUGCCUUCUGCUGCGAGCUCCAUGGUGUCUGUACAGCAGCAGCUGGCUGAGAGAGAAGAGAGGAUCUUGGCUCUGGAGGCUGACAUCACACACUGGGAACAGAAGUACCUGGAGGAGAGCACCAUGAGGCAGUUCGCUAUGGACGCAGCCGCGACCGCCGCAGCUCAGAGAGACAGCAGCAUCAUCAAACACUCACCCAACAACAGCUUCAACGACCACCUGCCCACCAGCCACAGACAUCAGGAGAUGGAGAACAGAAUCCGAGCGCUGCACUCCCAGCUCCUGGAGAAGGACGCAGUGAUCAGGGUGUUACAGCAGCGGUCUGGACCAGAGCAGCAGGCCCUCCGCCCUGCCAGGUCCGUCCCCUCCAUCAGCACCGCUGCCAACGCCUCAACAUCCACCUCCUUCAAUGGCCCAGUGGAGCGACCCAUCUGGGGAAAAGGAAAGAGCCUCUCUGAUGACCAGACGGCUGCUGCAGUGUCUCCUCUGUCCCGGCCCCCCCACCAACACCCCCGCGCCCCCCUGGCCCUGCCUCUCUCCUACUCCGAGCCCCAGAGAAGGGACCGCAGCAGCCAGUGUGAUAGUGAUGUCCCAGCCCAGAAGGCUGACCUCACAGUGGAUCUCCCCAGCAGUUCAGACACUGCAACAGCCGUGGUAGAAAUCCUUAUUUAACAAACAUUGAACUGUGGAUGGACAGUGAUGACACGGUCGAUAAGCGAGAGACCUUCCUGUCCUGUAUAUCCCAUCCAGCGAGAAGAAGACAGCCUGCCUGUCCGUCUGUUUCUGGUCAGACUGGCCUCCAGAUGAACAGAAGGACACUUCCUUUGAAGACAGACGGACAGUUUGGAGACGGACAUGGACAUGUGCUUCCUACCUACCAAACAACCUACCCACCUACCUACCUUCCAUCUUACCUACCUUCAUACUGUACCUUCUGACCCACCCACCCACCCACCCACCUACCCACCUACCCACCUACCUACCUACCUACCUACCCAUCUACCUACCU